AUGUCCCCCCAGCCCACCUUGUGGUGGUGGCCCCUGCAUCAGAGCCUCAGAUGCUCACACUGUCCAGGUGAAGAGGACCACUGCCGGGUGAAGCCUGGGCCCAGGCGGGCUGAAGGGGAUGGCCGGGGUGGGGCUGGGGGUGAGGCCUCAGACCCUGAGUCUGCGGCCUCCUCGCUCAGCGGAGCAUCUGAAGAAGGCAGUGCCGUGGAGAGGAAGAGGCAGAAGCAGAAGGGAAGUGCUGGCCGGAGGCGCUUCGGGAAGCCCAAGGCCCGGGAGAGGCAGCGGGUAAAGGAUGCAGACGGUGUCCUUUGCCGAUACAAGAAGAUCCUGGGCACCUUCCAGAAGCUGAAGAGCAUGUCUCGGGCCUUCGAGCACCACCGAGUAGAUCGCAACACGGUGGCGCUGACCACACCCAUCGCAGAGCUUCUCAUCGUAGCCCCCGAGAAGCUGGCUGAGGUGGGCGAGUUCGACCCCUCCAAGGAGCGCCUGCUCGAGUACUCGCGCCGCUGCUUCCUGGCCCUGGACGACGAAACCCUUAAGAAGGUGCAGGCCCUCAAGAAGAGCAAGCUGCUGCUUCCCAUCACCUACCGCUUCAAGCGGUGA